CUUAAGCAGCUUAGCACCCUUGCUCCAGUUCAUUACCUGAGUGUCUUUGUGUCUGCUGUGUGGCUGAGAGCAUCCUGCCACCUGUACCCUCAGCAGGGACCCCAGGAGCCUCCCUCUCCCUCCAUCUCUCCCUCCCCAGCUCAGGCAGUGGUUUGCUCCGUGCAUCCAGACCUUGAUGUGAAGCUGCCGCUCGCUGGUGAAUUUUGGCCCCACCGUGCAAGGCCGGAGUCGUUCACCCGCACCCCACGGUGGGCCCGUCUUCAGGCAGGUGUUUGUUUUCCAAGCCUGGCAGCCAGUGCCUGUGGGAGGCAAGCGAUGCUGGAAGUGCUGUAGCUGAGCCGGAGAUGGAUGGUGUUGGCAGCAACAGGACCAUGUCUUACAGUAGAUGGAGUUACAACAGUGUUCUGGAUGAUGAGGGGAGCAGCCUGCGUCAGCAGAAGCUUGACAGGCAGCGAGCACUGCUAGAACAGAAGCAAAAGAAAAAGCGCCAGGAGCCAUUAAUGGUUCAGUCCAAUGUGGACAGUCGCACAAGAACACGCAGAACGAAACAUUCAGAAGAACAAGCACCAUUAGUUGAAUCGUAUCUUAACAGCAACAGCAGCACCAUAUAUCAUGCAGUGCAGGAGGCCGAACAGGAAGAUGUAAAGGUGGUAGUGGAUGCUCAAGCUGUGAAACCAACUAAAAAAACCAAGGCAGCAGCUGCGAGCUGUCAGACUGGCAGCACCAGAAAGGAGAAAAAAGGGAAACACAAAGGGAUUGAUGGCCCAGCUGCUUUCCAAGAUGAUGUUCAGAAGAUAGGAAGUCAGGUGCAGAUUCUCACUGUUAGACAGUCUAGCCAUGAUGAAGAUGAUGGAGAGAAAAUGGCUAGUGGCCAACAACAGCAGAGCAAACAAGAUCUUAGAACAGCAAUGCAGAAAAAAGAUCCCCAUGCAAAUACAUCUUGGUCCUCUUCCACUUCCCAAUCCAGUCUUGUCGCCCUGGAUCAUGUUCCUGGCGUUUCAAGCAGCAUGAAUUUUGAUGAGGAAGAAGAUGAGGAAGAUGAAGACAGCUCCAGUUCUUCACAGUUAAACAGUAACACCCGGCCUGGUUCUGCCACAAGCAAGAAAUCCAAUAAGGAAGCAGCCUCAGGCCCCAGUCCAUCUGCAAAUGAACCUCUCAUAGAUGUUGAUGACCUGGAGGAAUUUGCUGUAAGACCUGCUCCACAGGGUGUAACCGUCAAAUGCAGAAUCACAAGAGACAAGAAGGGAAUGGACCGAGGGAUGUACCCUACUUAUUACCUCCACUUGGAAAGGGAGCAUGGUAAAAAGGUGUUUCUGUUAGCUGGAAGGAAACGAAAGAAGAGUAAAACCUCUAAUUACCUCAUCUCCAUAGACCCAACUGACCUGUCUCGGGGUGGAGAGAGUUUUAUUGGAAAACUGAGGUCAAAUCUUAUGGGAACUAAGUUUACAGUUUAUGACAAUGGAGUAAAUCCAAUGAAGACAACAUCAAGCCUGGAGGCGAGUGUCCUGCGUCAGGAGCUAGCUGCUAUUUGUUACGAAACAAAUGUCUUGGGGUUUAAAGGACCUCGUAAAAUGAGUGUGAUCAUACCGGGAAUGAAUAUGGACCACGAAAGAGUUUCCAUAAGACCACGAAAUGAACACGAGACACUUCUUGCAAGAUGGCAGAACAAAAGUACAGAGAGUGUCAUUGAGCUGCAUAACAAAACGCCAGUCUGGAAUGAUGACACCCAGUCCUAUGUUUUAAAUUUCCAUGGUCGUGUCACACAGGCCUCAGUGAAAAACUUUCAAAUUAUUCACGAUAAUGAUCCUGACUAUAUAGUGAUGCAGUUUGGUCGUGUGGCUGAGGAUGUGUUCACCAUGGACUACAACUACCCAAUGUGCGCACUACAAGCCUUUGCUAUUGCCCUUUCAAGUUUUGACAGCAAGCUGGCUUGUGAGUAAAGGGGCAUGGGUGAGCAUCUUCUCAAAAGAAGCAGUUUGCCAUAUUCCCAAUUCCUGUGGUGUCACUUAUGGUCUGUGCUAAACAGGUCAGGGAAAAUGCAGUUGCGGAGGACCACUCUGUUCCUGAAGGAAAAGUAAAAGGAAUCUUCUAAAAAUUCAGGACAUUCAGGAAAUAAUAAAAUCCUUUUUUUUCUGUCAUAUUUUUCUGGAAGUGGCAUAAAGUUUCUGUAAAUAGAAGUUCUGUCUCAUGUCCUUGAUUAUGUUAUGGAGAUGUGCCAUGAUGUACUGUACCGUGGCUCUAGUAGCACCAUUAUAAUGGUGUCUUUUUUUAAUCCAGAAAGGGCGUGCACGCUCAAAAAAAUUUCUUUUUACUUUUAAGAAUUACUCCAAGGCUGCAAUCAUACCUCAAGGUUGCAUUCCUACAUCGACUAAUCAGAGCUUCACAUCCUCCAAUGUAAAAGAAAGAUCACAAAAAAAAAGAUGCACUUUUUGAAUUGCAAGGAUCUUGUGUAGGAUAAAGCCAAGUCUGAGGGUUGAAAACCUGUACUGGACUGAACUUGAUGUGUUGCUAUCGUAUAUGUACAAUGAGGAAUUUUAAUUGCAGUAGGAGGAAACGGAGAAGUAGAAAGCACAAAAUAAUGUUGCACAAGUCACUUGAAUUCUAAGUCGUAUUAUGUUUUAACAUGAACAUGCUUUUUAAUUGUUUUAAAUGAAAAUGUUUUUGGAGUACAGAAAAGGGAAAUGGAAAACCUGUAGAUGCCAAAAAAGCAUAACUUAUGUUGAAUUUGGCAUGUUGCGUGUUGGGAAUUUAUAUCGUUGUAUUGCUGUGGUAAUUCAAACACUUAUUUUGUAUAAAGUGAUAUAAACAGUUGGAUAAAGGCUCUCUGCGGAGAAUCUUACUAUGAGCAGGCUGUGUAAAGCUGAGGAAGGUAAAUGGAAAUAUUUUAUUAAAUUUGUUUGGCCUUUUGCAAUUUCACAAUUUGUUGAUUGCAUUUUUUUGAACUUUCAGCAACAACCACUUUUCAUAUUUAUUUCCCAUUGUAAGAAUGCUGAAAUCGAUUGAAAUUGUUUAUGUUGUUAUCAAAUGUAAAUGUGCCAGCUACUGAGCUAAAUCCUUCUGGACAAAUCUAGUUGUGCUGCAUACAAAUGAGACACUGGCAGGACACAGAAUACCUUAAAAUAGUGUGGAUUUUGUUUUGGGUUUUUUUUGUGUGAUUUAUUGGGAAUAUAUAAAUGAGUACCAUUUCAAAACACAAGCAAGGAACAACCCAUUCUCUUCUUUUCUCAUCUCUUCUGAACAUCUCAAAAGCCAAGAGCUGCAACUGAAAGCACACUGUAAAACACCUUUAAAAAUAAGUCUUUCUGCCAUUGUUCUGUACAAUGUUCAAAUAAAUGGCACAAAAAGUAGCAAAAUUUAUAUGUAGUUCACGGCAAGGAUAUUGAACUGUGAGUGGAGUGAAGAAGUAGUUGCAUUUUAUACUGCGUGUAUUCGAGUCCUCCUUUUUAAUAGAGCCUUGUAUCGCACAACCAAAGAAUAUGUAACGAGAAAAUGAGAUCAAAUCUGCUUGUUUCAUAGCUGUCUGUCCCUUUUUGACUAUAGGGGACUGUUCAUAAGAAGAGGUUGUGCCAUUUGGACUGUAUAAUUUCAACUAAUAAAAGAAAUAAGCUUUCUUCUUCCCAGUUGCCUUCAGGUCUCAUUCCUAGUAUAUAGACAAGGAAAACAGGCUCUGUCAUUCUGCAAGAAGCUUUUCCAUGCAGUGGUAUAAAACAGAAAAGUACCUUUUCUUUGAGAGAAAUGAGCAGUCAGGUCCCUCAAUGAGUGAUCAAAAUGAUUAGUCAUGAGCUGCAGUGAUACUUGAACACUGCACAUAGAUGCUGUUUCCCUUUGUACUUGGUGGCUUUCCACCAUUUCACAUCCCCAUUUGUGAUCUCACUGAAUUUUAACAGGGAGAGCCCUUAUGCCUUUGGUUACCUCAUAUUUAAAAACUAACUCCAAUGAUAACCAGAUUUUUUUAUUUAACUUAAGACAGAAAUUCCUACUGCUGGUGUUUAGGCAUGAUGUGGAUUUUAAGAACUCUGCAGCAUGUGAAUUACUGAAUCUGCACACCUUUAGUUCUGUGGCUUGCCAGUCAUACCUUUUCUUUAAAGCCUGAGAAAGUGGCACCUGACAUACUUUUCUGCCUCUCUGUGUACAGUACUAUCGAAGGAACUAAGUGUCUUGUGAUGCAAUUAUAUAAUCUGUUGGCUUUAGUAGUGGAGUUCAUUUAGGAGCGAUUAUUUUUAACACAGAUUAUAACAAUGGUCUGACUUGCAUUGUGGCCCCACAGGGAAUUGGCAUGAGAAGGAAGCCCAUGUGCAGUGAACUCCUGCACAGGGGUGAGAAUGAGGAGCUGGGGAAAGGCAGAGAAUUAAGCUUCUUGUGACAGUUUUGCUGCCAGCACAUUGUGUAACUUCACGCUAACUGUGUGUUCUUCCCAGGCGAGGUAUUUUUUUAACUUGUGAGCAUGCCAGGAGAAAAGUGAUGACUGAAAUUCCCAUCAUCUUAACAGAACCAUCCAGGGACAUAAGCCAACGUGCUGCUGAGGGAAAAAGUUCCCAUCGUAAAUUGAGGUCACUAGAGGGGGAUAUUAACCUGGGACUAAGAGGAAUGAAGAGCUUUCAUUAAAUCUGGUUCAGUUACAGUAGGAUUUGCACCUCAUGGCCUUUGCCAAUACCCUAGUUUGUCACUGUUGUGGAGCAAGGUAUUGGGUUCUUUUUGAUUUGCUUGACUAUCACCAUCUGUUCUGAAAGCAGUUUCUUUUAAUUUAGUAUCUAUAUAUAUAAAUUCUGAUGGAUACUUUCUGGUGAAGAGCACUACUGCAUAUCGGUGCAAGGUGAUAUCACAAGUGUUCCGGCACAUCUCCAAAUUUUGUUUUUCUAACAUGGUAAUAACCACAGCAGGUUCUAUCCUAACAUACAGUCAUACCUGAGUCCUCACAAAGUCCGAUUUUCCUCCAUGCCAGCACUGAAAUCUUGGCAGCAGUAUAUAUUUUCAGAGAUACAGGCAUACUAAAGUAGCCAAGAAGUAGUCAGUGGCACACUCAUAUUAGCAGUAGCUUCUGCAGGGCCUGUGUGUCAGUGUGCAACAAGGCAUAACCUUGUUUAGUUAGCGUGACAAAGAAUAUAAUGGCACUGAGCUGUGUGUUUCCUUCACAUAGUCCUAGCGAGUGUUUGGAUAGUGAAGAUAUAUUAUUAUUUAAAAUCCCAAUAUUGAUUAUUUUUUGCAUCUGCUGUUGAUUCUGGCAGAGAGUUGUAAACAAAUUCCUUGCCUGGAUUGCUUAUAGGCAAAUACUGCAUGCUUUAAUGAGAGUUCUUAAUCUAACUUGUCACUCUGUUUACAUCAAACAGUUUCUUCCUGGCCCUUUUAUCUAAUUUUCUUUAUCUCUGAUGUUCUCUGCCUUCUCAUUCUCCUCACAAUCCCUUUAUCUUUCAAGGAUGUGCAACUCAAAAGUGUUUAUUUUGACAAUAUUACUCGGUGAUCUCUUCACAGAUGAAUAAAGCCUUCGGUGCACAUCCAGCGAUGCUCCUACAAUCAGAGGGGUGACUUUGGCCCUUUGGCUUUUCAGCAGAGUAAAUUAACACAUUAAAAGGUAGCAGAUAAAAAAUCUUGCCUAAAAUAUAAUCAGAAUUUUUCUCCGUAAACAUUCGAUAACCAGAGUUUCCAAACCAUUGGUUGCAAAUCAGUGAGCAGAACUGUCCGCAACCCCGGAGGCAGACUGCUAGACAGAUUCCCUUUGUAGUGCAUUUCAAUACACUGAAAGUGAUUUUGUAAGCUCAAGUGUGUUGCUGCCCUGAAAUAGUCCAUUUUUUAGAAGGUAGACAUCACUCCACUAUCUAGUAGAAUAAUAUACGGCACAUAAAAUAAUAAUGUCGUAGGCCAUCGUUAAGAAUUCUGAUGCUAAGAAGUCUGUGUGAGUGGUUUUGUAAUAAUUACUGGGCCAACCUCUCACUGAUCAAGUUGCCAUACAAUAGGACUGGAGAUCCCAGCUGGCUGUCCUCAUGAGGUACUAGAACUGAAGGAGCUUUACUGAAAAGGGCUCUGUAAUAAAAUCUAGUAGCUGCAUAAUCAAAAAACAUUAUUGUGGAAUCAAAUGACACCACAGAGUUUAAUCAGUCAUGGUGAACCAAUGCCAUAAAUUUGAACUUUCUGGGGUUUUGCUCCCUUUUGAUGAACAAAAGGAAGGACUUUGUUUCAACAAGCAGAAACAUCAGUGAGGUCUCUAAAAGUACUAAGCAUUAGACCUACUUUUCUACCCAUAAAAAUCUUACCCCUACCUGAGUGCUGCCCAAGAAGGAAAUCAGUUUGGUCCUUAGUAUAGAAAAUCACUCCCAGUUCUUAUAUCUUAGCUUUUUACAAAUCUCAUUAUUAAUUUAUUACUGAUUUCACAUAGGGAUAAUACAAGGAAAGCAAGCAAGUUCUUCCUCUGAAGAAAUGAUGACUCUAGACUAGCAUCAGAAUAUUUUGUCUUUGAUUAUUUUAGCAGGAUAGAGCAUUCACUGGUGUUUCUGACAGUUUCUCCUGAUGUGUGGCAGGUGUCAGAAGGAGGAUUUUGGGAUUGAUCCUGUGGUGUUCUAACUGGUUCCCCAUAACAUCCCAUUGCUCUCCUAAAAUAGCUUUUGCAAGGUAUUUCCUGCAUUAGGGACACAUGUGCUCAGCAAUAAAAUAUCUUUGCUUGGCAAAUAAAGACAGAACAUAGUAUAAAAUAGCAGUCGCCUUUAUUAGAAUUACAGGCUGGUGAUUCUUGGGUUUCUCAAAUGAAGGUAGUUUUAUACAUCUAAAUCUUGUGCUAGAAUCAAUUCAGCUGUAGAUGCAGGCUUCUCUUAGAUAUGCUACUUAAUGAAAAUUGGUUUCUGCUGUUCUUCAUGUAUGACAUUUACCUUCCAAGGUUAUGCUUUGUAAGGUUUUGAAAUUAAUUAUUUAGAUAUUUUUCAGGGUUGUUUUGUUGUUUAACAAGGAACUAAGAAAAGAAUUUCACAUCUCAAUGUUUUGGUAUUGUGCUGUGAACUAUAGCUCAGUAGCUGAUACUCACAAAUGUAUAUUGGAUGAAAAAGCAUUAAACUUAUUUUAUAUGUUGUAUUUUAUUUAACUGCCUAGAAAUUUUAUAUUCCUCUUUUUCAGUUUGGGUAUGUUAAUCCAUACCUUCACUGAGAAGGCUUGAAUUAACUGGCUGUCUUGAAACUGUUUAAUGGAACCAGUACACUGUUUUGCUUAACUGCUUCAGGAAGAGGACAAAAAAAUUAUGCUUGUGUUUUUGAGAAAAAAAAUCCCCUUCCUAUUCACUUUAUAAUUGGAUUGAUCAAUAACACUGAAAGCUUAUCAUGUGGUUUUCUUGAAGUCCAUAAUGGCAGUUUGAAAACUACUCUUGAUAAAAACUUGCUAGCAUGUGAACCUGAAUAAAUCCUACUUGAGAAUCAGAACCUAGCAGGUACCAGUGAAUACUCCUGCAUCUGUUCUGUGCAUAGGUACUGCUUGCAUGCAAAAAAAGUCCUGAAGAGUCACAAAUUUGAGUUAAAAUCAGCCUAACCUUUUAGGCUGACAGCUGUUAGAACACAGGCCUGGGGAUCAGAUCACCUGGGUUUUUAUCCCAACUGUGUGACUUUGUGCAAAUUCUGUAACCUAUUUGUGCCUCUGCUCUGAUGAGUUGAAUGGAAAUAAUAGGUUUUGACCUGUCUAAUGUCCCUGUUGUGCUGAAAGCCUUCUCAGGAGUGUUUUGAGGCUGGUGGAUGGCAGGUGGUGUUGGCAUGCCAAGUACCCUAUUUAAUUCUCACUGAAGGAACUACAUUAAUAUAUGAACCGGUUUCUGACACUUAUGUGGAAACUGAAUACCUUACCAAUCUCUUAAGAUAAAAUCUUGACACUGUUGAAUUCUAUGGAAAUAUUGUCAAUGAUUUCAGUGAGGCUUGAAUUUUUUUACCAUGUGACAUUUUUGGUCAUUAAAUGUGCAGAAAAAACAGUAAGGACAAACCAUCUGAUACACUUUUUCUUCUCACAGUGAUGAAUUAUUGGUUGUGUUUUAGUUUGCACCAUCAGUUGUUUUAAAACUAUUAUUCAUGGACACAUUGCAGUGGUUCCAUUUAUGCAACUGCCUAUUUAUGCUUUUAUGUAGCAAACUGAGACACUUGGCGAUUGAGCUGCAAAUUGCCUUUUUGUACUCUCGUUAUUUUUUUUUUUCUUGGAUGUGACUCAGCUGUUCACAACUGUUACCGCAGACUUUGACUCCGUCACGCACAUCUGAUUUAAAAACAAUGAGUCUCAUGACUACCUUUAUACUUGGAUGGGAUGUUUACAAUACAGUCUCUUUCUCACAGUUGACCCUGUAUCUGUGGCUUCUUACUGAGGUUAUCCCAGUUGGCACAGUGCCAUUAGAAGUAUCACUAAUUUAUAAAGUGAACUCUCACAAAGUAACAGAAUGUAAUUUAUAGACAUUUUAAUGGAUUUUAACAUUAAAAGCUAGCUGAUGUUAGUACUUACAGAUUGUGUGAAAUUACAAGAAUAUUAUUUGUUGAAAAUUUUCUUUCCUUAAGUUGUCUUGCAGUUUGAGCUCUCUUUUAAGCAGUAAGCUGAUCCUGCACCUCCCUCUCUGAAAGCAGAAUGCAGUUUGGCCUAUGCAGCCUGCCAGACUUUGGCUGCAGGAAUCUGUCAGUGUGAUUAGGACACAGUGAGCAAUGGGAUUUCCAAAGUUCUUAUGAGAGUGCACUUCCUAAUUCUCUUAGGCACUCUCGGACAUCAUGUAAGGAAUCAUGUACCUUUUCUGUGUUGACUUAGCAAAUAACAAUAGGAAUAUUUUCACUCCCUUUGAUUUUUUUUUUAAAGGCCAUGCUUACUAUUUAGGCAAGUGUAAUUUUAUCAGAUGUUUAGUCUUUACAUCUUGGAAAAUUAUGUUAUGAGAUUGCUUAAUUUGCCAGUGCAGAAAAUCUCACAAGUACACAAAACCAGAGUGUGUUCUGUGACAGUUCUUCAUGCUGUGAAGUUCAGUUUUGAAAAAACUGUGUGAGCUCUGGCCCCUUCUAGCAGAAGGUUUUCAUUCCAGACUGAGAGCAUCAGAAGAUAACCCACUUAUUACCAUCCUGUUCUCUUCCUUAGGGAGAAUUCCUGUCCUUAGUGACUAGAAAUAGAACUAUAUUGAUCCUGAUGUGUCUUGAAACAUUAUGGUAUUGCUUAGCUAUUUUAAAAACAUUUUGAAAGGUGUAGUUUGAGCUCAGAGAACGUAGUCUUUGAAGUAGCUGUAGGUGUACCAAGUUGAAUUGGUUGAGAGGCAGCUGCCUUUUCCAGCAGUUUCUUAGUUGACAUAUGAACAGUGCUUGAUAGUCUUGCUGGAAAAAAUGUAACGUAGUUAUUAUAAUAUGCUUUCCUUGGGGUUUGCCUUAUAAUACCCCCUUUUUUUUUUGUACACUUAUUUCUGGAGGUCAGUACCUCUGGUGUGAAAUACAGACAGAGCAGUGUUUUCUACUGAAGUCUCUGCCUCGUUUUCUGCUGCCUUACAUGUGGAGAUUUGAUAUUUGAUACUAAAACCAGAAACUUUUCAUCUAUUAAAAAAAAAGGGUUUCUAGGCAGAAUCAUUAGCUUUUAGUGCUGUGUGCCUGAAUUGACAGAGGGCCUUUUGCCCAACCAAGAAUCUUACUUCUAACAGAGAGAGUAGUGUGUGCUACGAAACCUCCUGUGAUACUCUAUUGCAUCCUACAUCUGUGACCCAGCAUUAGGACCUGGUCCAAAGAUGCAGCCCUUUCACCAAAAGGGCACCGCUUUCCUUUUGUGGGGGCAUUCUGUUGAUACUUAUAAGCUUAUUGCAGUAUCUUCCAUCUUGGGGCAAAUCUGUGAUUAGGUUAGUAAAUACCAGCCUUAACAAACAACCACAAACUUAAAACACUUCACGAAGAUGCUACACAUCAGCUAGUAAAGCCUUACAGGAGUCCAGGAGCAGCAAGUAAGUAGUAUUAUGCUUUUCAUGGCAGUAAAGCUAUGAUUUGCAGUUUAUAAAAGCAAACAGAUAAAGAGUUAUUUUUAGAGCUGGCACUAGAACUAAGUUCUUAGUCCCUAAACCUGUCUUCUAGCUAUUGCCAUGGGUGGCCAACUAGUAGGCAGAAGGUCUCUUCUUUAGAACUUCAUUGUGAAGACUAAACUGUUUCACUUCCGUUUGGAACACUGGAAAACCAAACUGCGUUACUACAGAGAGUUCUCAUUAGGCUGUUGACAUUACACUGAAAUCAAGUUUCAUGCAUAUUAAUUUGAGGAUGGCCCAGAACAAACACGAGGGUGCUGUGCAAUUGUCAGCAACUCAAAAGUUUUCCAGCAGAUAACUUCAAUCAGGCCCACUGAGUUUAGUUUUCCUUAGUAAAAAAUACAGUGGACUACAGCAGUGAUGCUUAUUCUUACAAGACCUGUAACAUCUUAAAAAGCUGAUUGUGGAACCUGGCUCUUUAACUACGGUGGAUUUUCAAGAGUUACUGAAUUCAGUGACAUUCUGACAAGGUGUUAUUGUUGGUUUUCUUUUUUUUUUUUUAUUAAAAAAAAAAGCUUUUUUUCCAAAAGCACUGGUUGUUCUGUCUUUUGGACUACAUAGCACAAGUACAUGAGCAUGAAUUCCUGCUUGGUAUCACGUCAAAUACUUUCUUGCAGGUGGCAGCUGCUUUUCAAGCUUCUUAGUAGUCUGUGUUACUACCGCUUUGUUUUACGCUCCCUGAUCUUUUUCCCAUCUAUAACUUUCUCUUGUUUCAAACAUGUGCAGGUUUUUCCGUAUGGGGACACUCUAGAAAGCUAAGUCAGUAAAACCUAUAAGGUUAAUAUCUGUCAAUUAAAGUGUGUUAAAUCCCUGUGUAUAUGUUCUCAUUUUGAAGUAGGCUGUCCUUCAAUUCCAGUUGCAUAAUCCUCAGCAGGGGUAUUCAUCACAUUGUGUAGUUCAAGGUUGUUGGUGAAUUUUAAAGCGCAGAAUAGGUUUCUGAACAAGAGAACAGAUGUAAAGGGAUUCAUCUUUCCAUGUUCUCAGUGUGGCGAUACUUACAGUACAGCAUUUCUAACAGUUACUCCUUGACCUGUACUUACAAAGCUCAGCACUCACACGCUAGAGGCCAUGUUUCUGAGGUUCUCUUUUUCUACCGCAGUGUUUUUCAGCCCUCUCUGAUUUAUUAACACCAGUAUGAUGAAUUUAAGCUUCCUGACAACAGUGUGCUUUCUUCUUCGGAUUUUGUGGAUUCCAGGAAUCUGGGGACUGUAUGCAAAAAGCAAGUGGCUUACUAGUAUAGCAGAGCAUGAUGCUAAGAGCACGGUAUAAGUUAUGUAGUAUAACUAGUUUUAUUUUUACAAUGCCCAUCAGAGGUAUGCUUGUUCCCCAGGAAGUAAUCUUUUUUUCCUCUUUUUCUUCUUCAUUUAUAUCUGCCUGGAUCUGGAGGAUGAGAGCCCCUCUUAGCAUUCAUGCAAGCAGCCACCAUAUAAGAAAAACACACACAACGGGUUUAUUACAGACGGGUUUAUCACUAAGCAAUGCAACUAUUAUAUGCUUACUGUCAUCCCACGCUGUAACAGCGCAUGUUUUUCCCUGUGUGCUGUUUCCUACCCUGUGUGCUUGUCACCAGUCAGAGGACACAGCUGCAGAAAUGUACAUGGAAGCUUAGCAAAGAAACUGCAGAACCGAAGCCAUUAAGAUAAGCUCUCCUAAUACUGAAGAAAGAGCUCCUCCUGAAGGCAAAAACUGGGACCUGUGGCUCUUUAAGUGAUUGGAACUUUUCAUGUGUCUGCAUUGCAUUUAAGAAGGUAACACUUUUUAAUUGUUACUUGCACUAUACUGAGCCCUAAAUGCUGAAAAACAAAGUGUAGACCCUGAGCAAUGACAAUAGGGUGAUUUCUUGCUGGAGAACUGGCAUGCUGCUUGGCAUCGCUAAGAGUGAGUAAUGGAUUUCAGUAUUGAUGCACUAUGAUGGUCAUUGCUUAUGUUGUGUUACAUUGGUAAGAACUCUGCCCAUUACAUUUGUUUCUCUUCUAAACAGCUUGAUUUAUGUGCAGGUUUCUUCAUUAUGACUUUUGCACCCAUUUAUUUCUGUUUAGGCUAAUCCAAAGCCUGCUGGUAAAACUGAAAGUUCUUUAUCUUCUUGCGUCUCCAUAACACUACACUUGUGUGUUGCUGCAAGAGCCUUAAUGUCUUCUUGUCUUAGUUUAAGAGUGGGCUUAUCUGGAUCUCAAAAAUAGCUGGAUUUUCAGUGGGAUUGAUCCCUGCAGUGAGUCAGUCCGUACCCCGUGAUUACAAAACUGGGAGGUUUGUUUCUCCUUUUUGGACAGUUUCUAAUGCCUAAGAGUAGGGAAAAGAGAAAAAAUAUCUGUGGGGGAUGUUUUGUGAUUUGAUACAUCUUUAGGAGUAUUUCAGAAAGUAAAUACUUUGGAAGUGUGUAUUUCCGAGAUUUCCUAUUAGACACUGAACUGGUUUUGCAUUUCCCAACAUUGUCUUCAUCCAACUAACAAAAGUCUGAAAGAUCCAGUGUUUUGGAACACCUGUAGAAACAUCCAUUUUAGAAUGUCUCGGGGUUAUACCUGCCUGUAAAGAGAAAUACACCUUUGUUUUUUAUUUACUUAAAUAUUGAGAAAUAGAAAAUAUAGGUGCUACGUAAAUGUUUCUGUCCCCAUAAAAUGAAAAAGCCGUUUAGUUUGGGGUUUGGUUAUUUUUUUUUUAUUCACACAGUAAACAUCAUCUAAUUCAUCUUCUUUGCCUUUCUUAAAUAAAACACUGAUAUACAGUAGAAUUCGAGUAUGUUAUAGUGUAGAUUCCCUUUACAUUAUAUAGGUUUAAAGAGUGGAAAGUAUCAAACUGACAAAAAAAGUCCUAAUUUUGAGAACUAAUAUUUAACCAGUCAUGUUUUUUCAUAAUGCCUGUAAUAUGUUACGCUUGUUUGCACACAACUGUCUUGACCUGUUUUGAGUAGUUGAGCACCUCAUUUUUGUUCAGACCUAUAUGGAGUUUUAGAUAAACCUGCAAGAAUGUGCUUUUACAAAGUAAAUUUUUUUUAAAGAAACUCUUUGGUAUUCUGGAGUAAAUGUAUUUAUUUAGAAGUAUGUGCAAUGACUGAUUUUUGUAUUUUCACAUGAUUUACCUUGCAUAUAUCAUAGAGGUUCUGGUGUUUGUCAAUACAGAACACUGUGCAGAAAUAUUAAACUUAAUUUGUUUGAAACAACUCUGUCUUUCCCUACCCAAAGUCGCAAACACUUAGAUAAAUUACCUACACAGAAUAUGGAGUUCAAUUAACAUAAGGAGUUUCCAGUGCUGUUUAAACUGUAUUUUUACCUUUAAUGCUAAAAUGAAUUCAAAACGAAACACGUAACCAUAGAAAAUUAUACCGUCAGUCCUGACUUCAUCUGAUCUAUAGUCAUUUUCAGCCUGUAGAUUUUAUCAAACUCUGAGCUCAAAGACUCCAAAUUGGUACACACUGUAGAAAUACCCCUUAACAAUUUUCACGAAGAGGACAGUGGGAUUCCUGAUAAACACCAGCUGAGCAAAGGCCCAGUUGUUUGCUGCCUUAGGUCUCUGCUGUCUGAAAAUCGUGUCCCAUUCCUGCUCCCUCGAUGCUGUUUGCUGGGAGCUAAACCAGCUGUUUCCCAGUCUAGCUGUUGUUAAGGACUCAAUGUUUAGCCUACUACCAAAAUUAGUGCAGGAUGAUGCAGGAGAAAAGCAUCCGUCCUCCCCAGCUCUGACAGAGACAACUGAUUUGAACCAUAGCCAGGUUAGACAUCAGAAAAUUUUCUGGCUACAUGGCUAGUGAACUUUGACACAGACCUUUUUACCUGGGAAACUUUCAGUAACAGGAGACUAAGGGUUGAGUUUUGCAUAAUCGUGCAUUUUGAUGUGUGGUUGGUCACAACAGCAGUUACUGGCAGAGAGUACUAUCUGAGCCACCUUGGGAAGAUCACUGAGAAAAAUGAGCACAUUGUCAGGUACCUGUUUGCUCUCUAGGAUUUUUUGCCCCCCUGAAAAACUAGUGAAGCUCCAAAGCUGAGAAAAAUCACUUGACUAGGCCAACCUUUCAAGCUGUAUUUGUAGAUGAGAUCCUCAGUCUGUCUCAUCUAUUGUUGCAUUCUUUUGCUUUGAAAUACGUGGUUGGUAUAAAACCAUUGAAAAAUAGAUCAUUUUCUAACUCUUACCUGGGUUCUCUUGUCCAAUGUUUGUGAUACACGAGGUGAGUAACAAUAUUUUUAUUAGGAUUUGCAAGUAAAAAUCAUUUAAAUAAAGGAUUAUUGCACUAGGUUGUUCUGUGACCUUGGAGUUAAUUGCAAUAUUCUUAGUUACCUGCAAAAGGAAAGAAUCCAACAGAUGAACGCUAAUUGCUAAUGCAAUAAGUUAGAUCAUUAACUUCUUCAUAUUUAGUGUUAGCCAAAUACUAUUUGAUAACUAAUCCUCCCUACAGUACUUUUGGGACUAGCACUGAUCUUAAACUUUGUACUUUUUCUUUCUGACUCCAUGGAAUGCCUGAAAUGAUCUGUAACAUUAUCAAAUAUCUGGGACGAAUUAAGCAUUUUUGCAGGUUUUUCAAUCUAGUUUUUAUCACUUAACACACGAUGUUUCUUUUAGCUUCAAUAAAAACCAUACCUGUUUAAUUUGCUAGGUGGGAAACACUGUAAGUAAGGAGCACGUGCUUUUAAUUACACUGACUGCUUCCACUGGGGUCCACCUGUGCUUCUACAGCUUUUUUCCAAAGUUCCAGGUUUGCUGACAUUCUGGCCUAGGAUUUUGAUUUACUUACUUAAUAGAAGUUCCUUGAGAAUCCUGAUUUUAUUCAGAUACCUUCUUUUUCAUAUUAGGAAUGCUCUCUGCUAAAAGUGAGCAAUUAAGAAUGCUGGACAUGCCGGUGAGAUGAUCCUUUUCUAAAAUGCUUAUCUAAAUUGAAAUUUCUGUCUGAGGGGGAAAGCUGAAGCAAAGAGAGAAAAGGAAGCAUCAUAUAAACAGGAGGAAAAUUAGUUUGAAGGCUGCUGGUAAGCUGCUCUAUGAGGUGUGGCUGGCUACAUUCUGAGGGCACUUACUGGUACCUGGCGUGGGCUACGAAGGCAAUUGAGACCUCAGGAUUGAGCUGUUGAGCCUCUCUGACACCACACAGUCAGCCUGCAGUACUCUCGUUUUCUCCUGUUGGUGCUGCAAAGAAAUACGAAGCCUUUAAAUGGAGUCCUUACAACCAGUCCCUGUGUUAGCAGGACAAAGCGCAUUAGGUUUUCAUUUUGGUUUGGUUUCUUUUCCACUACUGCCACGAUAGAAUUAUCUCGCACUCCAGUGCAGCGAGUGCUUGAUUUGUCUGUGGGGACCGUAUUGGCCCUCAAUACUAACAGACAGCUGAAUUCUGUAGUUGUGUAUGCUAAGGGGCCUGGAAAGAAGUUCUCGACUUUUACUUGUCUGCCAAAAAUUAUCCUUCAGAAAGGACCAUAGGAGGGUGGAAAACAGCAAGGUCAAAAAACAAGCUGGAUUUAGGAAUUGAACUUUUGUUAUUAAUUGUCACACUAAAUUGUGACAUAAACGAAUUGCGACAUAAAUGAAUUGUUUGAUAUUUCUCUCACUGAUACAAGGAGUGUGUAACCUCAGUGCCAAGCGGAACAGCUCCGAAGGACAUGCUGAUUGACACCUGUAAAUAGCCUGCUGGUUAGGCCACCUUCAGACACCAGCUGAGGUUGAGGAUCUUUGCUCCACACCACAGUGUGAGGAUUUAGAAAUGCCUCCCAGCACUGUAGCGAGGGCCCUCAGGAGUACAGCAGCCUGCCUGUAUGGAACAAUAAAAUCUGCGUAUCUGUAUCUUCAGUGCUGUAUCAGAGCCUGGUCAAGCUGCUCACUCGGUACAGAAACACUGACCAUCAAAAGGCCAAUGAAAACAUUCAUCUGUAUCCCAUGUUUGUGGAUGAAAGACUUUUAGGAGUGUUUAAAUAGUGAGAGCAUUGUUCCAGGAACAGAGGGAGGGAGGGAGGGACGGAC